UUAGCGCCCAGCCGCGCUAUUGGCCAAAGCCCGAAGUGAAGUCGCUGCGGAUUGGUCGAGAGCGAUGCGGGGGUGGGGGUGGAGCUGCGGCAGCCCGGAGCCCGGAGUGGGCAACACGGCGUGAGCAACGGCCCCAGUAGCGGCCCCAGGCUCUCGGAGCAUCGCGCUCGGAGAAGACUUCGCCGCUCCGGGCAGCAGCCUGGUGAGCUCAGCCCCUUUCAGGCCCUCCCCUGCAUCCCAGCUAGGACCUCUCCAAGCGGGCGCUGAUCGAUGCGACACACCCCGGGGACCCUAUCGCGACUCCAUCGCGCCAUAUCGCGACAUCAUCGUGCCCUGUCGAGACUCCAUUUUGUCACAGCCUUUUUCAAUAUAUAUCUAUAUAAUUUUUUAAUUUGCCCUGUCAUCUUUGGGGGCUGUCCCAUGUCGUGAUUUUGCCGUGAUCUCUGCGUGACAUCACCGCGCCAUCGUGAAGUGUGAUCUCAUCGCCGCUCUGUCGUGACUUCAUCAAUGUCGUGUUGUGACCUGGCUGCGGCGGGACAGUUGGGCAAGGCGGGCACCAUGGCCUCGGAUUGUGAGCCAGCUCUGAACCAGGCAGAGAGCCGAAACCCCACCCUGGAGCGCUACCUGGGAGCCCUCCGUGAGGCCAAGAAUGACAGUGAGCAGUUUGCAGCCCUGCUGCUAGUGACCAAGGCAGUCAAAGCAGGUGACAUUGAUGCGAAAACUCGUCGGCGGAUCUUUGAUGCCGUCGGCUUUACCUUCCCCAAUCGCCUCCUGACCACCAAGGAGGCACCAGAUGGCUGCCCUGACCACGUUCUGCGGGCCCUGGGUGUUGCCCUGCUGGCAUGCUUCUGCAGUGACCCUGAGCUGGCCGCCCAUCCCCAGGUCCUGAACAAGAUCCCCAUCCUUAGCACCUUCCUCACAGCCCGGGGGGACCCUGACGACGCUGCCCGCCGCUCCAUGAUUGAUGACACCUACCAGUGCCUGACGGCUGUGGCGGGCACAGCCCGCGGGCCCCGGCACCUCAUUGCUGGUGGCACCGUGUCUGCCCUCUGUCAGGCAUACCUGGGGCAUGGCUAUGGUUUUGACCAGGCCCUGGCACUGCUGGUGGGGCUGCUGGCCGCUGCCGAGACCCAGUGCUGGAAGGAGGCAGAGCCCGACCUGCUGGCCGUGUUGCGAGGCCUCAGUGAAGAUUUCCAGAAAGCCGAGGAUGCCAGCAAGUUUGAGCUCUGCCAGCUGCUGCCCCUCUUUCUGCCCCCAACAACCGUGCCCCCUGAAUGCCUCCGGGAUCUGCAGGCCGGGCUGGCACGCAUCCUGGGUAGCAAGCUGAGCUCCUGGCAGCGCAAUCCUGCUCUGAAGCUGGCAGCCCGCCUGGCACACGCCUGCGGCUCUGACUGGAUCCCGGCAGGCAGCUCUGGGAGCAAGUUCCUGGCCCUGCUGGUGAACCUGGCGUGCGUGGAGGUACGGCUGGCACUGGAGGAGACAAGCUCAGAGGUGAAAGAGGAUGUAGUGACCGCCUGCUAUGCCCUUAUGGAGUUGGGCAUCCAGGAGUGCACCCGCUGUGAGCAGUCCCUGCUUAAGGAGCCCCAGAAGGUGCAGCUCGUGAGCGUCAUGAAGGAGGCCAUUGGGGCUGUUAUUCACUACCUGCAGCAGGUGGGGCCGGAGAAGCAGAAGGAGCCCUUUGUGUUUGCCUCGGUGCGGAUCCUGGGCGCCUGGCUGGCUGAGGAGACCUCAUCCCUGCGCAAGGAGGUCUGCCAGCUGCUGCCCUUCCUUGUCCGCUAUGCCAAGAGCCUCUACGAGGAGGUGGAAGAGACCAAUGACCUCUCCCAGCAGGUGGCCAACCUGGCCAUCUCCCCCACCACCCCAGGGUCCACCUGGCCAGGGGAUGCUCUCCGACUCCUUCUACCUGGCUGGUGCCACCUGACAGUGGAAGAUGGGCCCCGGGAGAUCCUGAUCAAGGAGGGGGCCCCCUCACUCCUGUGCAAGUAUUUUCUGCAGCAGUGGGAACUCACAUCCCCUGGCCACGACACCUCAGUGCUGCCUGACAGCGUGGAGAUCAGCCUGCAGACCUGCUGCCAUAUCUUUCUCAACCUCGUGGUCACCGCGCCAGGGCUGAUCAAGCGUGACGCCUGCUUCACAUCUCUCAUGAACACCCUGAUGACGUCGCUGCCUGCGCUCGUGCAGCAACAGGGGAGGCUGCUGCUGGCCGCCAAUGUGGCCACCCUGGGCCUCCUCAUGGCCCGGCUCCUUAGUACCUCUCCAACUCUUCAGGGGACACCAGCAUCCAGAGGCUUCUUCGCAGCUGCCAUCCUCUUCCUUUCACAGUCCCACGUGGCACGGGCCUCACCUGGCUCAGACCAGGCAGUGCUGGCCCUGUCCCCUGACUAUGAGGGCAUCUGGGCUGACCUGCAGGAGCUCUGGUUCCUGGGCAUGCAGGCCUUCACAGGCUGUGUGCCCCUGCUGCCCUGGCUGGCCCCUGCCGCCCUGCGCUCCCGCUGGCCACAGGAGCUGCUGCAGCUGCUGGCCAGCGUUAGCCCCAACUCUGUCAAGCCUGAGAUGGUGGCCGCCUAUCAGGGUGUCCUGGUGGAGCUGGCCCGGGCCAAUCGGCUGUGCCGGGAGGCUAUGCGGCUGCAAGCGGGUGAGGAGACGGCCAGCCACUAUCGCAUGGCCGCCCUGGAGCAGUGCCUGUCAGAGCCCUGAGGGGUGUCCACUGGGGACAGACCCGGGGAUGGCACCAAGGGAAGGAGGAAGGAGGCAUCUUCCCUGAAGCCCCCAAACUGAAUUCCCCCUCCCUAAGCUCCCCUCCAAAAAAACCCCCCAGCUUUCUGGCUUUUCUGAGGGCAAGGGCAUGGUGCCUGCCCCUCAAGUGUAAGGACCUGCAUCCCGCCCCCUGGGCGCUCACAGGGGCAGGGAUUGGCUUGGAAACCAAUGUGGUUGUCCCCCCAAGCUGGGGAAGGUUGGAGCAGCCCCCAGGGAGGGGGCACUAGGUGUCAUUGUGCCCAAUGUCUGGCUCCCCCACAGGAGGGAGGGACAGGGCUGGCAGGAGCUGACGGCCUCAGCCCAUGUGCCCUGCCGGCCAGGGCGUGGGCUCCCCUAGGCUGUGGUGCCCCCUCUGGCCCCCCAGGUCCACGUCCUUUAAAUUGGCCCUUUGGCUCUUACCCUUGGACCCUUGGGUAGAGAGCAGGCUCAGGCCAUUGACAUCACAAUUCUUCCUAUCAACUUCGGUGACCCAGGGUCUGAACUGCCCCCAUCCCUCCAGGGAAACUGGAGGCAGACAGGCCUGGUGCGGGGUGGGAACCCUUCUUCCACCUGAGCUUCCUUGAGGAGACCCAGGAGUCCUUGGGCCCUGGUCUCCAGGCUAUUGUGUCAUGUUGCAGCAGAGUGACAAUGGGGGUUGGGGGAUUAUUUAUUUUGCCUCUCCUUAUCCCUGCUUGGAUGCCUAAGCAUCUGAUCCCUGUCCCCUGGUGCCAUCUGGCCUGGCUGGAGCCAGGAACAGGAGGGACACUUCCCCAGAAUCUGCAUGUUUCCCCAGUGGCUGCACCCCAUCGCCACCGCAGUGCCUGGCUUUAACUCCCACCCCUGCUAUGGCCUCUCUGCAGAGACGCGACUGGCGGCUCCAGCAGGGAUUACCUUAUGAUCCCUGGCUCACCCACCCUCCCUUCCCCCAGUGCGUUCAGUGAUCGCCAAGUUCAAAGCUGUGCACACGUGGACACUCAAUAAAUGUUCAUUGGUGACAAGGUGGCUCCUGCGUGGUCUGUCCUAUGCCUUGUCUCUCCCAGAUGCCACCAGCUCACAGCUCCCACUUGUUGCACACAUUCUGCUAAGCACACUUCACAGGUGUUACCUCAUUCUUCCCUCACAAGAAUCUUAUGAAGAAGGACCAGCUAUCCCGAUUUUACAGAUGAAGACACAAAGGCAAUAAGUGAUUUGCUCGAAGUGUUGCAGCUAGUGAGUGCCUGGGCCAGGACCCCAAGCCGGCCAUUGACUGAUGAGCCCAGGCUCAUCACUGGUGCAGCAGGUUCACACACUCAGAUUUCCAGGGCCAGGCCUGGUGGAGGAUCUGUUGCUCCAUGUCCGAAAGUAGUGGCUGCACCUCGGCAUCAACAGGUCGUUGCCAAGAGGGAGUGUGGGCCCAGCACUGUCAGAUCCCCCAGUAUUUAAAGUCAGAAAUCCUAAUUUUUCCAUGAAACCUGAUUUUUAAUUGUUGGCAACUAUUUUAAAAAAUCACUACUGUUGUAACAAAACAUCUAUAAGUGGCUUAUGGACUACCAACUGUUCACCUCUCUUCUAUGCCAAGUGAGAAGGGGAAGAGCCUUAGACUUUUGGCAGAAGACAGGAGCCAAGCACCCACUGCCUCGCCAGGUCUGAGCCAAUGCUGUCGGGGAGCCAGAGCAGUCUCAGGCCCACCUUCUGCAGACUGCCUUCUCCACCUAGGCUCUUAAAGCCACAAGCGUUUGCUCAGCACAUCAUACAUGCCAACCUGUGAUGGCUAUGCAUAGGCAGACAGGGGAACAGUCAUUCAUUUACUGGCUACACUGAAAGCCCUGUUCUUAGUGUGGAUUCUCUGGGGCAAAUAAGAAAAGUCAGACUCUGCCCUCAAGCAGCUAAAACCUAGAAGGGAGACAGAUAACAGAUGGCCCGGGAAGAUGUAAAUAUGGAAGUCAGUACAAAGUGGAGCUGGAGGACAAGAGCCUCAGCCUGGCUGAAUGAGCCUGGGGAAAACUCAGAGAAAGUAUUUGCUCUGAGACCUGAAGGGUGAGGAGGGUCAUGCCAGGUAGAGGAACUGUAGGUAUAAAGGCAUGCAAAUUUGGCAGCUGCAAGUAGUUCAUUAUUUCUAGCGUGAAGUGGGGAGUGGCAGCAGAUAAGGUUGGGCCGGUAGACACAGACCAAAUUACAGGAAUCCAGGUGUGCCUUGCUAAGCCCAGAUGUAGGAUCAUGCUGAAGGAUCAGACUGCAGCUUUUUGAGCAGAUUGAAUGUGAUCUGGUUUGCAUCCCUUAGAAAGAUGACUUUGGCUGCAAGAUGGACAACUUCAGGCAGGGAGCUCAGAGGCAGGUGAUGACAUCUGAGCUAAGACAGUGACAGUGGGGAUGGAGAAGUACAGGUAACCCAUUGCUGUUAAGUCAAUUCCAACUCAUAGUGACCCCGUGUGUUACAGAGAACAACUGAACUCCAUAGAGUUUUCUUGGCUGUAAUUGCUACAGAAGCAGAUUACCAGGCCUUUCUUCUUGAGUGCUACUGGGUGGGUUCAAACCGCCAACCUCUAGAUUAGUAGUCGAGCAUAAACCAUUUGUGCGACUCAGAGGAAUUACGGUAGUUAACAGGACUUGGUGAUUGAUUAAUCGGAAGUGAAAGGGGAUGAAGGAAAAGGGAGAGCCAAGAACAACUUCCAGAUUCCUGACCUGGCUCAGCGUGUGGAUAAUAAGGUUAUUCACUGCCCUGGGGAACACUGGAAGAGAAAUGGGUUUGUGGGAAAUACAAGCUCAAUUUCAUAAAUGCUGAAUUUGUGCUGUUUGUGGAACAUCCAAGGGGGCAGUUGGUUGCUAUGGUCUGGAGCUCGGAAAGAGGUCUGGGUGAAUGACAGAUUUAGGAAUUGUCAGUAUAGAGCGUCCUUGAGGUCAUGGGAGUGACUGAGAUCAACUGAAGAAAAGAGAAAGGGAUGCCCCAAAGCAAGUGACAACCACGGUCCCUGCUCCCAAGGUGCUCUCCUCAUGCAGCGGAGGAGCCAAACCCUGCGGAAAGUCACUUAAUACAAGGCCGACUGAGCUCUAUACUUUGAUAAGGGAUAGUCAGAGAGCCCUGGACUCCAGAAUGGGAACAGAGUGUAGGCUAACUUGGUAGGACCAAGCUUGUCCUGGUGAUUCACCUGAGAGGGAAAAAGUGCCCCUGAGCUGCAGUUGUGAGAUUUAUCCACGAGGUGGCGCCUCAGCAUUUCCUUGUGCCAGAUUUCCCUUGCUCUAAAAACACUAAGCCAGGUUCAGAGCUGGAGGUUGUCAAAGCCUGGGAAGAGGUAGGUAGCUGUGUUAAUUGAA